GGCGGGGAGGAAGACCCGAAGGGGAAAGGACUCUGUGAGGGAGUCGGUGAGAGACUAUGGGGAAGGACCAGGAGCUGUUGGAAGCUGCUCGCACUGGAAAUGUGGCUCUGGUGGAGAAACUCCUGUCUGGCAGGAAAGGAGGGAUCCUGGGCGGUGGAUCCGGACCCCUGCCCCUGUCUAAUCUGCUAAGCAUCUGGCGAGGCCCCAAUGUGAACUGCACAGACAGUUCGGGUUACACUGCUUUACACCAUGCAGCCUUAAAUGGACAUAAGGACAUAGUUCUCAAACUGCUUCAAUAUGAGGCAUCAACAAAUGUAGCAGACAACAAAGGUUAUUUUCCUAUUCACCUGGCUGCCUGGAAAGGAGAUGUGGAAAUUGUGAAGAUUCUUAUUCAUCAUGGACCAUCGCAUUCCAGAGUCAACGAACAGAACAAUGAAAAUGAAACUGCCCUACACUGUGCAGCUCAGUAUGGACACUCAGAAGUAGUUGCUGUUCUGCUGGAAGAGCUCACUGAUCCUACCAUCAGGAACAGCAAGCUGGAAACUCCUCUGGACCUGGCAGCCCUCUAUGGACGGCUUAGAGUGGUCAAAAUGAUCAUCAGUGCACACCCUAACUUAAUGAGCUGCAACACUCGAAAGCACACGCCACUACACCUUGCUGCACGCAAUGGUCACAAAGCAGUUGUUCAGGUGCUGCUGGAAGCAGGAAUGGAUGUGAGCUGUCAAACAGAAAAAGGGAGUGCACUUCACGAAGCAGCUUUGUUUGGAAAGGUAGAUGUUGUGCGAGUUCUGUUAGAAACAGGAAUUGAUGCCAACAUAAAAGAUAGCUUAGGUAGAACUGUCUUAGACAUUCUGAAAGAACAUCCAUCUCAGAAAUCUCUCCAGAUUGCAAGUCUCUUACAAGAAUAUUUAGACGGCGUGGGAAGAUCAACAGUCCUUGAAGCACACAUACAGGAAGAUACAACCCAAGAAACACAUAUUUCAUCUCCUGUUGAGUCUCCUUCCCAGAAGACCAAAAGUGAAACUGUGACUGGUGAAUUAUCAAAACUCUUGGAUGAAAUAAAGCUCUGUCAAGAAAAGGAUUAUUCUUUUGAAGAUUUGUGCCACACAAUAUCAGACCACUACUUAGAUAAUUUGAGCAAGAUUUCAGAGGAAGAACUUGGGAAAAAUGGAAGCCAGAGUGUAAGAACUUCAUCUACAAUAAAUUUGUCACCAGGAGAAGUGGAAGAAGAAGAUGAUGAUGAAAACACUUGUGGGCCCUCAGGACUCUGGGAAGCAUUAACUCCUUGUAAUGGCUGUAGGAACCUUGGCUUCCCCAUUCUUGCACAGGAGUCCUAUCCAAAGAAGAGGAAUUACACUAUGGAAAUUGUACCAUCUGCUUCUCUGGAUACAUUUCCUUCAGAAAAUGAGAAUUUUCUAUGUGAUCUCAUGGACACAGCAGUUACAAAGAAACCUUGCUCCUUAGAAAUUGCAAGGGCCCCUUCUCCAAGAACUGAGAAUGCCUCUGAGGUAGCAUUUACUGCUCCAGGAACUAGUAACCAUAGAAACAGCUCCACAGGCCCAACACCUGACUGCUCACCUCCAUCCCCUGACACUGCCCUCAAAAAUAUUGUAAAAGUCAUUCGACCCCAGCCUAAACAACGAACAUCUAUUGUGUCUUCUCUGGAUUUUCAUCGAAUGAAUCAUAGCCAAGAAUAUUUUGAAAUCAGCACAUCUACAGGGUGUACAAGCUUUACUUCCAGCCCUCCUGUUAGUCCACCCACCUCUUCUGUGGCAACCACAGAAGUCAAGAACAAGGGAACUGGCCGUACAGAUGAUCUCUCUCAAGGGGAGGACAAUGAUCCCCCAAAAGAAUAUGAUCCUGGGCAAUUUGCAGGCCUUCUCCAUGGAUCCUCUCCAGCAUGUGAGUCCCCUGAAAAUCCAUUUCAUCUCUAUGGGAAAAGAGAUGAACGUGAAGAAGGAAAAGAUGAAGUCAGUUUGACAAAUAGUCCUUUGCCUUUCAAGCAGACUCCAAUAGAAAAUAACUCAGAACCUUUGGUAAAGAAAAUUAAACCCAAAGUAGUCAGUAGAACAAUUUUUCACAAGAAAAGCAACCAACUCGAAAACCAUACCAUUGUUGGCACAAGAACAACUAGGAGUGGAUCCCGGAAUGGGGACCAGUGGAUUGUGAACACGGGGGGAUUUGUGGAGAGAGCCUGUACCCUGGGAAGAAUAAGGUCAUUGCCAAAAGCCCUGAUCGACAUGCAUUUAUCAAAAAGUGUCUCUAAAUCGGAUUCUGAUCUCAUUGCCUACCCUUCGAAUGCAAAAACAUCAAGAGUUAACUGGACUGAAUCUUCAACUGCUGAUCACAGUUCUAAAGGGAAUUCUGAAAGAACGCCAUCCUUCACUUCCGAAUGGGAAGAAAUUGACAAAAUAAUGAGUUCCAUAGAUGUUGGAAUUAACAGCGAACUUGAAGAAAUUAAUGGUGAGAACACAAGACCCAGAUGCCCUGUCCAAACAGUGGGACAAUGGUUGGAAAGCAUUGGGCUACCUCAGUACGAGAACCACCUGAUGGCUAAUGGAUUUGACAAUGUGCAGUUUAUGGGAAGCAAUGUUAUGGAAGAUCAAGAUCUGUUGGAAAUUGGAAUCCUUAAUUCUGGGCACAGACAAAGAAUUCUACAGGCAAUCCAGCUGCUUCCAAAGAUGAGACCCAUUGGCCAUGAUGGCUACCAUCCCACAUCUGUUGCUGAGUGGCUGGAUUCCAUUGAACUAGGUGACUACACCAAAGCCUUUCUGAUUAAUGGCUAUACAUCGAUGGACCUGUUGAAAAAAAUCUGGGAGGUUGAACUUAUUAAUGUUUUAAAAAUCAAUUUGAUUGGCCACAGGAAACGUAUCUUGGCAUCUCUAGGAGACAGGCUGCACGACGACCCACCACAGAAGCCCCCUCGGUCCAUCACCCUCAGGGAACCCAGUGGUAAUCACACUCCUCCUCAGUUGUCUCCAUCACUUAGCCAAAGCACUUACACCACUGGUGGCUCCCUAGACGUUCCUCACAUUAUCAUGCAGGGCGAUGCAAGGAGGAGAAGAAAUGAAAACUACUUUGAUGAUAUUCCCCGAUCAAAACUGGAGAGGCAGAUGGCCCAGAAUGCCAAUUACCUGACAGUCUGUCCCCAGCAAGCCAUCCAGAUGACAGAAGGGAUGGAAAGCAAAGAUGUAGGUGUGUGUGGAGCUGCCUUUGGAACUGGAGAGAGAGAUGUUAAAUUUCUGUCGUCUGUCUGUGAGAUAUGGACGAAUCAGAACGCUGGAUUUCCUUUCUCAGCCAUCCAUCAGGUUCAUAAUACAGGAGACUGGGGAGAACCUUCCAUUACCUUGCGACCUCCAAACGAAGCCACAGCCUCAACUCCAGUGCAGUACUGGCAACACCACCCGGAAAAGCUCAUCUUCCAGUCGUGUGAUUACAAAGCUUUUUAUUUAGGUUCUAUGCUGAUAAAAGAGCUCAGGGGGACAGAAUCAACCCAAGAUGCUUGUGCAAAAAUGCGGGCUAACUGUCAGAAGUCUACAGAGCAAAUGAAGAAGGUCCCUACUAUUAUUCUUUCAGUCUCUUAUAAAGGAGUCAAAUUUAUUGAUGCAACAAAUAAGAACAUAAUUGCUGAACAUGAAAUUCGUAAUAUCUCCUGUGCUGCCCAGGACCCAGAAGACCUCUCAACAUUCGCUUAUAUCACAAAAGAUUUGAAGUCCAAUCACCACUACUGUCACGUGUUUACUGCCUUCGAUGUGAAUUUAGCCUACGAGAUCAUCCUAACGCUGGGACAGGCAUUUGAAGUUGCUUACCAGCUCGCGCUGCAAGCCAGGAAAGGGGGGCAUUCCUCCACACUUCCAGAAAGCUUUGAAAACAAGCCCUCCAAGCCCAUCCCCAAGCCCCGAGUCAGCAUUCGCAAGUCGGUGCCUUUCUGUUUUAAAGCAGAUCGACCCAUCUGAGCAAAAGACUCUGGCCAAUCUGCCGUGGAUUGUGGAGCCGGGACAAGAAACCAAGAGGGGAAUAAAUACCAAGUAUGAGACCACGAUUUUCUGAUACUCACCGUCCUCCCGUCCUCGCGGUGCCUUGCACGCCGAGCAGUCCCGGAGCAGGCUUUCCACCCGGCGCAGGAGGAAGACUGCUGUUUGUGUGGCCUUGUCACGGGCGAAAGGCCACUGGCGAUUCCUGGGGACGUUCUUUCUGCACCAGUGACAGAAAGUGCAACCAAGACUUUCCAGUCGUAACCCCUGAGAGAAAUGAGUUGAGAUUUGUGGCUCACUGUCCCGACUCCCCUCCCUGCUACCACCCAAGGUAUUUCUAGUGACUUUGCCCCAACACUUGCUUUGCUGUAUUUGGGGAUAAUACCUUAAGAAAAAAAAUACAGGGGAUCUCUAAUACUGCCUAAAAGUAUAAAAAUCUUGGGUUUAUUUUUCACUGUCAGCAGUUUUCAAGGUAGAAUGAGAACAGAACUACCCCCAGAAAGCAUCUGUAAAAUCAUUAUCUCACUGAGUAUCGUUUCAUGCAAAAGGACAAAAAGUACCCGAUUGCCAGGAAAUCCUAUUUCCCAAUUUCUAUAUUUGUGGAUUUUAUAUGUAAUCAACUAUGUCAGAUAAAGAAAACCUUUACAUCUAUGGAUUGAUUCAAAAACUUAAUGAUUUAAAACAGAAGAAUUUAUUAUGCACAGAAAAAUGUGUCUUGUAUUAAAUAUUUUUAUUAAAAGAAUGUUUCACUAACACAUUGAUAAGAAAACUAGGUUAGUUGUGAGGGAUGUUUUGCUUUCAUUUCAAAUAACUAAAUUUCUACUGCUACUACCAAGAGAACUGGCUUGGGCGUUGCAAAGUACGGUACCAGAGACGCUCACUAGAGCAGGAGAUUUGGGCAAGCAGGCUGGCGUCUUACCAAAAGUGCUGACACAGCCAUAAGCCUGCAAAGAUUUUUGAUUUUUUUUUUUAACUUCACAGUUUUAAAAAAACAUGUUAAACAAAAAAUCUAGGGCUCCUGCUGUCAAGAUUUCUGUCAUGGAAACCUUGUUUGUUUGAGAAAGGUGUUAAUAAAAUUCUAUUGCAAAAAAAAAUUUUCUUUUCUAGAAAAACACAAAUACAAAAAAAAAAAAAUAGAGAUUCCAAAGUAAUAAAACUCUUUUCUUGAAACAAAAUAAAUAAAUAAAUGUUUGCUUACUCUUUGAUUAAAUAAAAUUUACUUACAUUUCAUUAAGGUAUUUUAAUUUUUUUAAUGUCUCUGUGGAGUAUUUGUAUGAUACCAUAAUGUAUAUUUAUGUAGAAUCAAAUUAUAUAAACAGUACCAAUAUCAUUAUAGAAAAAAUAACGUAUAUUGUUCUAACCAAUCAUAUUGUGAAUCAUUUUGGAGUUCAUUAUAAUAAGCGAUAUUGAUAAAUUGUGGGAUUGUCUUAAUUUUUUUUAAUUAACCAAUAUUAUUUUAAACCUGAGAUUAUCAGUUACAUUCAUCAGUUGGUGAGUUUUAAAAACUAAAUUUUAUUUCAAACUGACAAAUGUAUAUGGUUUUAGUUCAGUGUUGGAGAAUUUUAAUACAAUAUUAAAUUACUUGAACUGAACAGUUCCUUGUAUAUAUUUUGCCUAUUCACUGUUGAUAUGUAUGUAGUAAAUUGAGAGUAAAAUAACCCUAAAAUAUGGUACCAAAAAGAAACUGUAUAGGAGCAAAGUAAAUAGUAGCUUUGCUGAAAAGGAAACAUGUAAAUAUGCUUGGGCUUCCAGUUAUAAAUUUUGUAAUUUUUGUCAUUAUUUAUAUCCUAUAAAAAAACACACAAAAUAAAAUGGAAACUGUACA